ACAAUUUUGUUUUUUCAGCUCGAAUUCAAACUGAGCAGAUUCCCCAGAAUAAAUUCAAAAUAGUAUGUUUUUUCGACAAUAUUUUAGCAUAAUUAGUAUAACUCAAUUAUUAGUCUAUGUACAAUGAUUAUUGGUAUUUUUCAUAAACUAAUGAAUGACACAUCCCUGUACUAGAAAUAUCAACCCUAAAAUAUCCUUGAGAAGUCAAAAAAUAAACUGAACCAUCAUUAAUAGAUUCAACUAUUGCCCACAAUUGUCCAGAUACAAUAUUGAUUUAAAGAACAAUCCUUUUUAAGUGUGUCACUAUACAAAUUACUCGUAAUCUCAAAAAACACUGAAAUAUUCUCAAAAUACAGAGAUCUUGUAGGAGGAGGGGAGGAGUCCGAGAAUUCCAGGUCUCAACUCAGCCCGGGUAACUCCAAGACGGAUCACACAAGGAGGAGAGGGGACUUGGUGGGGAUCGAGCUGCAAUGGAUUUGAGGGAUGCUGGAGGAAAAGUCCCACCGCAUUUCACGCAGAAGUGUAAAGAAGGUCCUGAGGGGGAAGAGGACUCAGUGACAAGGCAACCCUGCAAUCCAAAGCCAGACCUUUUGGUUUCAUUUGAUUGGAUUCCUGUCCACAUGGCAAGCAUCCUGUGAGACAGUGUGUGUGAACUAGUCAAACUAGCCUUAUGCUUUCUCCCUCAAGUCACAGGCUAAAUAUAUCUUCCCUUCGAGUUUUCCUCUCAUUUCCUGCAUAUUCGCAUGCGGCUACCUCCAUUAGACUGUGAGCUCCAUGAAGGCAGGGAUGGGGGGGCGGGGAUUGCCUUUCUUUGUAUAUCCAGUGCUUAGCCCGGUGCCUGACACACAGUAGGUACUUAAUGUAUAAGUGCUCGUUCACCGACUGACUGGUCAUUUCCUUCCAGCUCCAUUCCCAUUUCCCAUAAGCUUCCUAAAGAGAUACUUCUGGGCUCUGGGAUGCCGAUUCCUCCUUCUCCUCUCCAUCUUCACCCCCCUCUUCCCGGCUCGAGGUGCAGCUAAAGGAAUCCUGGUGAGGCCUCGAGGCUCUUCCAGCUCGCGCUCAGAAGGUCAGGGAGCGGAGAGGGAGGCACGUUAUCAACUACCUCUCCCCGACCCAUAAGCCUGGCACAUUACCAAAUGGGACUGCCGGAGCCUCGGCGGAAACGACAAAUAGGUUCAGCCUAGCGCGGGACUGUCAAAGCCAAGCCUCCUACUCUUCCCAAAUAGAUCCCGUGGGCAGGAUGGACAGCCCCAGAGAUGGGUCCUAAGUCUUCCUAAACUGGUCCUCGGGGGACUCGGAUACCGCGAGUGACUCCAGCUACGACAGCAGUGAGUGGGGCUUCACUCCCUCACCAAGGUCCUCACAAUGGACUGAGAAAUCGCCGGCCAAAUUGGUGCUCCGUCGGCGACCCAGCUGGAUGUCCGUCUGCCCUCUGUGCUCUGGCCAAGGGCCAGAAUGGGUUCGCGUGGUCCAGGAGCCCCCGUACUCGAUCCAGAUCCAACCACCUGACGACCCUUUGGGAAGCAAAGACGUACAGCCCUUCUUACCAACAUGGCACACCACAGACCAGGACGACCCCGGGAGCCACCGACAAUCUUACAACCGCUACCGCGCCAGCACCGGGACCCCUUUCCGAAAGCGGGCGUUUGCGCAAAACCAGGAACUGCUGGCAGCCUGCUUGGGUAACCUGGAGUGGCUUCAUCACAGCCUGAAGCACCGAAAGGGCGUCCGCUCUGACUGCAGGGGCUUCACAGCCCUCCACCUGGCAGCUGAACGUGGCCACCUGGACUGCAUGAUAGCGCUGGUGGAUCGAUACAAGUUCCCGCUGUCAAUGACCACGAACAAGGGCUGGACUCCCCUUCACCUGGCCAUCAGCAAGGAAAACUCAGGCGUGGCCCUUAAGUGUGUUCAGUUCCUUCUGGAGAAGGGAGCUCCAGUCAAUGUCCAGAAUCGAAAUGGCAUUACCCCUCUGCACCUGGCAGCCUGGGAGGGCAUGCUGGACUGCAUAAAGGUCCUGGUGAAAGCUGGGGCUGAUGUACACGCCCUCGACAGGCAGAACAGGAAGAGCAUUGACUUAUGCAGGCUGUGGAACCACCGAGAAUGUGCCCGGUUCUUGAAGGAUGCUAUGUGGAAACAGGACAAGAAAGACUUGGCUGAAGAGAUGGGUCAACUGAGUCAGCUUAAAAAGCGAUUGCUGGUCAUGCAGAAUAAAUACCUCCUUGAAAAGAAGAAAGAGAAGGAGGCCCAGAACCAAGUCGCCUUCACCCAAUGGCUCCAAAUUAAGCCUCUGCCCAGAUUGCCCAAGAUUACGAUCCUGGAGCCCUCCCGGGUUACGAAGGAAUCCGCCCCGGUUACGAAGGAAUCCGCCCCGGCUAUGGAGAAAUCCGCCCGGUUUACUAAGAAAUCUGUCCCGGAGCCUCCUCGGUUUACGAUGGAGGCCUCCCACAUUAAGAAGUACCCCCACGUUACGAAGCCGCAGCCCCCGCGGAGGCCUCACCCGCCCUGCAAGCGGCGCCCCGUUUUGAUUCUCCCCGCCCGCCGAAGAUUCCGCCCCCUCGAAGGGAACCCAGCCUUCGAACACCGGCACCCCCUUAACCGUUCUUCCCUCUUUAAGCCCUCUCAUUCCGAGUUAUCAGUCCCGGUCCAUCUCCCGACCCGCCUCCGGUCCCUUGUCCUCGUCCAGCCCCCGGUCUCCUCGUUUCAGCUCCCAUUCUCUCAUAGCCCCUCUCCCCCUUUGACUGUCCGCUCACGGGGCUCCACUCUGUUCAAGUCGGCUGUCGGAGCGUCCAGCUCGUCGCGCCGGGCUACGAUCUUCCACCCGUCCCCCAGCUUCCCGCUAAGCCUCCAAUACUACCCUAGGUCUAACCACCGCCAUUCUUAUCCACUUCUACACACGCCAUCACCACAGCGGACUCUCUCCGAGUCUCAGCUACAGUACGGCCAGAUAGAAGCUAUCUUCCCAGCCGCAAGCCCGCCGAUGCACCCGCUGGCUCUCUUAGACAUCCACUUAGCGGACAUCCCCCUAACCGCUCCCCCGGCCCGGUCGUCCUCGCCCUUCCACUGGGCUGCCAAAUGGAACUCGAGCACCAAGGCCGAUGCACGACCGGUCACCCGGAUCGCCUUCCCGCAGGUUGUGCGCCUGGGUGUGCACCCGGACCCGACCCCGGAGCCCGACUUCUGCAACUUCCUUAAAUUCUACCCCAACGGCGAGGGCGGGGCGCUCAUCCAAACUGCCGACGGCCAGUGGAUCUUCCCAGUGCCCCGACUGCCCUUCAAGGUCCUGCUCCGAGAGCUGGCCCCGAGCGGGCGUUCCCAGCGCCUGAAGGUGCCGGAGGGGCUGAGGCGCAUCACCGUCCAGGACCUGCCCCGGAGGCGCUACCCCGGGGAUCAGUGCUUCUGGACAGAUUCCAUGGCCAUGAGCCUCCGGGACACCUUCGACCCAGCCUUCAUCUCCUUGGUGCGAAAGCACCAGGGGCUUCCUGCCCUCUCCCCCACCUCCUCGUCUUCCUCCUCCCUCACCUCUUCAGUCGCUCUCAGACCGUGUUGGGCCCUCCUCUUCUAUGCUUUUAAUAACCCCCCCUCAUAAAGUAAGUUUAUUGACUUUUCCUUCUC